AUGGGUGAUUUUAAUUGUGUGUUGCGUAACGAUGAGAAAAAAGGAGGUCGUGAACCGCAAACUUCAGUCAUUAAUGAUUUUAGUGAUUGGAUGGAUGACAAUGAUCUCUUUGAAGCUGAGUUUUUGGGUUCUAAAUUUACUUGGGCUAAUGGGAAAUCUGGUGUUCGUAGAAUCCUUUGUAAGCUGGAUAGAGCUAUUAUCAAUGAAGCCUGGCUUAAUAAGUUUGAGAAUUGGAGGUGUAAAGCUCUUCCUCGUGAAGUUUCCGACCAUUUUUCUCUUAUUGGAUUUCCUUUUUCCAACCCAAGACCGAAAAGAGAUCCUUUUAGAGUGCAAAAGAUGUGGUUUUCUCACCCUAAUUUCAUGCGCAUGGUUAUUGAGAGUUGGAAUGCUCCUGUUUCUGGCUCUCCCGCUUUUAUUUUUCCUUACAAUCUCAAAAGAUUAAAGGCUGCCAUGAAGGAGUGGAAUUUAAGGGUCUUUGGAAAUGUUUAUGCAAAGCUCAAACAAGCUAAGGUGACUAUGGAAGUUGCUAUUCGUAUUUCAGAUGAAGAUCCGGAAGACAUUUCUAAGCUCAAUUCUGCCAAAGCAACUUCAGUUACUCUUCAGGAAAUUCGUGCUCAGGAAUCCAUUUUGAGCAGUAAUCUGAUUUCGGAAUUGGUGGAUGAGAAUGGGACUGUUCUAACUGAUUAUGAACAUAUUAGAGACCAUAUGGUUUCUUUUUUUGAGUCUAAGUUUAAUGGUGCUGAACUUCCCAUAGAUGAGGAGUUAUUUCAUUAUGAUCAUAAUAUUAUCUCUUCCGAAGAUAGUCAGAGAAUGGAUGAAAUUCCUACUAUGGAGGAGAUAAAGACUGAUGUUUUUGAUCUUGGCGCUGAUAGUGCCCCUGGCCCUGACGGUUUCUCUGGUUGUUUCUAUAGGCAUUGUUGGGAUAUUUUAGCUACAAGACUGGGUAGUGUGCUUGAUAACCUUGUUUCAGAGGAACAAGUUGCUUUCAUGAAAGGAAGAAACAUUCAUGAAAAUAUCAGUGUGGCGUCGGAGAUGGUAAAUGAGCUUAAAACUAAGUGUAAGAAUGGCAAUGUGGGUCUCAAAGUUGACAUCACCCAAGAUUUUGACACGAGUUUGCACAAUCUUCUUGCUUUAUUUGGAAAAUAUCAAACAACUUCGGGUCAAACUGUUUGCCGUCAAAAGAGUAAGGUUUAUUAUGGUGGUGGUUCUUUGAAUCUCUUCACUACCAUCACUAAUUUACUUGGUACGGAAUUUUCUACUUUCCCGGACAGGUAUCUUGGUGUUCAAAUUAUGCCCGGUGCUGUUAAGUAUCGCCACAUUAGCAAUGUGAUUGAUAAAAUUAAGAAUCAACUUGCUGUUUGGAAGGGUAAAUUGCUCUCUUUUCAAGACAGAAUUGUUCUUAUUAAUUCAGUGAUUGCUAGUUAUAAUAUUCACAACACGGUUGUGUAUAAUUGGCCUUUGAAGUUUAUUAAACAAGCUGAGCGUGUGAUUCACAAUUUUCUUUGGUCUGGGGAUGCUGAGGUCUCAAGGAAGUUUGUUGUUGGUUUUCCUAAAGUUUGA